AUGACCGGGGUAUGUUGGAUUUUUUGCUUUUUGAGUAGCCAAUUUUAUCUAAAACCCUGUAACUCUCGAAAAUUUGGUUUUUGGGCCUAUUUUCGAAAUUAAAAUUACGUCAUUAAUUUUGAAAUUUUUUCAGAAAUUAUAUGGAAACAAGGACAACUUCAGAACUCAAAAGGUUUUGAUUGCUGCCAAGCUUGGAAACAAGACCGUCGCUCUUUCGGGAGAAACUGCUCCAGCCGACAAAUUCCCACUCGGAGUUGUACGUUUUGACAUUUGUCAGUUUUUCGUUGGCUGAACUAUCCAACAUUGGUUUUCAGACACCAGCCUACGAAGGUGAUGCUCUUCUCUUCGGUGCUGAAUCCAUUGCUCUCCACUUGGCCGGAACACCAAACAACCUUCCAGAAAUUGUUCAAUGGCUUCAAUUCGCUGAAGGAUAUUUGCUCCCAGCUGUUUUGGGAUACGUUCUUCCAUCAGUCUCAGCUGCCAAUCUUGACAAGAAAGUUCUCGAACAAUACAAAAAUGAAUUGUUCGCCCAACUUACAACCCUUAACAACAUUCUUGUAAGCAGAACUUUCCUCGUUGGAGAAAGACUCAGUCUUGCUGAUGUUUCAGUCGCCCUUGACCUUCUCCCAGCUUUCCAAGUGAGUUUAUAUUUAUCGCUUUCGCCCAUGAAAAUCUAAUUUCAGCACGUUUUGGAUGCUUCAGCUAGAUCCACCUUUGUCAAUGUCACUCGUUGGUUCAGAACUGUCGUCAACCAACCAGCCGUCCACAGCGUUCUCGGAGACGUCACUUUGGCCACAUCAGUUGCCCAAUUCAACCGUGAGUUUUGAUAUAAAAUUGAAUUUUUCAAAAUAUCAUAACCCAUUGCGAAGUCAGCGGGUUAUUCAUUCGAAUAACAAGCGUUACAGUAGUGGAAUAUAAAGAAUUUGACAUCGCGAUCGGGUUAAAGAGACAGUUUUUGACUCCCUCCCGUUAGCCGUUGAUUUCAAGAGACUGAGAGUUGGCACUAACGGUCUGUGUCGUUUUAGGUUUAUCCUCCAGAAAAACAGUUAUUGCCUUAGAUUUGUCUCACACAACUAACCUCUAGAAUUAUCUGAAAUUUAUUUUGUUAAAAUAAUUUUAAAUUGAUUCAUUUUCAGAAGCCACAUUCAAGGAUCUCUCUGCAAAACUUCAAAAGGCAGCUCCAAAGGCUGAAAAGCCAAAGGCCGCUAAACCAGCAGCUGCUGCUCCAGCUGAUGAGGAAGACGACAUCCCAAAGGAAAAAGAAUCGAAAGAUCCUUUCGCCGACAUGCCAAAAGGAACCUUCAACCUUGAUAACUUCAAGAGAAGUUACUCCAACGAAGACACAGCCACCAAAGCCAUCCCACACUUCUGGGAGAACUUUGACAAGGAAAACUGGUCAAUCUGGAAGUGCGAGUACAAAUACCCAGAAGAUCUUACUCUCGGAUUCAUGAGCUGUAAUCUUAUCGCCGGUAUGUACCAACGUUUGGAAAAAUUGAAGAAGAACGCUUUCGCUUCAAUGAUUCUCUUCGGAACUGACAACAACUCCACCAUCUCCGGAAUCUGGGUUUGGAAGGGAGACAAACUCGCCUUCGAAUUGUCCUCAGAUUGGCAAGUAAGUAAUUCGAAAUCAAAACGUUAUAUGAUCCGAAAGAAAGUCAUUUGUAUGAUUAACGUUUCAUUCAAUGUUACAUCUUUCGAAUAUCAAAUCGCUUCUUCUCGUUGGUGCUAGUUCAUUUUGUUUAGUAUCCUCUACUCUGAAAGCUACACGAAAAAUUCCAAUUUCAACUCUAAAUUUCUAGAAUAAAAAUACAAAUAAGUAACUGUUUCUUUACAGGUCGAUUAUGAAUCAUACAGCUGGACAAAGCUUGAUGCUAACAACGCCGAUGUCGUCAAGGAGGUCAACGAAUACUUCAUGUGGGAAGGAGAUUUCGGAGGAAAGAAGUUCAACCAAGGAAAGAUCUUCAAGUAA